AUGGCGCCACCGGCUGUGCUGAUGGUCGGGACGGGAGAGUACACGACCGGGUUCGUGUCCGGGGCCGCGUCGACGUCGGACAAGAAGAUCGGUGUCGUUGGGUUGACGUUAUUCGACCUCCGCCGACGGGGCAAAGUGUCGGACCUCUCGAUGGUGGGCGUGUCGGGCAAGAAAUUCCCCGCGAUCCGCGCGCACCUGCAGAAGAACAUCCGCGACGCGUACAACGGGCUGGACGUGUCCUUCCAGUCGUUCCCGCCCGACGACAAGACCGACCCGGAAGCUUACAGGGCCGCCAUCGACGCGCUCCCCAAGGGCAGCGCCGUGACCAUCUUCACGCCAGACUCGACGCACUACCCGAUCGCGCGCUACGCGAUCCAACGCGGCCACCAUGUGCUGGUGACAAAACCGGCAACCAAGUUACUGGCGCACCACCUGGACUUGCUGGCGCUGGCGGACGCCCAGGGCGUGCUCGUCUACGUGGAGCACCACAAGCGGUUCGACCCGGCGUACGCGGACGCGCGCUUCCGGGCCCGCGCGCUGGGCGACUUCAACUAUUUCUACAGCUACAUGUCGCAGCCCAAAUCGCAGCUGGAGACGUUCAGGGCCUGGGCGGGCCGCGACUCGGACAUCUCGUACUACCUCAACUCGCACCACGUGGACAUUUGCGAAUGGAUGGUGCGGGACGCCGGGUGGCGGCCCACGACCGUCCGGGCGAGCGCGAGUCUCGGAGUCGCCGAGCAGGUGGGCUGCGUCAAGGGCACAGAGGACACAAUCACCUUGCUGGUCGACUGGACGAGGACCGCGGACAACAAGCGCGCCACGGGCAUCUACACGGCGAGUUGGACGGCGCCGAUGAACGCCGGCGUCCACUCGCAGCAGCAUUUCCAUUAUGUGGCCUCCGGGGGCGAAAUCAACGUCAACCAGGCGAAGCGUGGGUAUGAUGUCGUGGACGAGGCCGAUCGGUCGGGAAGUUCCCUGAAGUGGUAUAAUCCGUUUUACAUGCGGUAUGCGCCGGACGAGGAGGGCAAUUUCAACGGCCAGAGCGGGUACGGCUAUGUGAGUUUCGAAAAGUUCAUCGAUGGUGUCACGGCGGUGAAUGAUGGGCGUCUCACGGUCGAACAGCUGGACAAGAGGGGCUUACCUACGCUGAGGAACACCGUUCUGACGACCGCCAUCCUGGAGGCCGGCCGCAGAAGUCUUGAUGAGGGCAACCGUUUGGUUGAGAUUGUCGUGGGCGAGGGCGAUCGCGUUGAUCUCAAGUGA